CUAUCCAUCCCAGUCCCAGUAUAAAGUCGUCCCUCUCACCUCUCUCUUUCCUUCACACCAAACACUUUGAAACUCUUCUCUAUUUCGUCUUCUUCAUCUUCCCUUCAAUUCAACUCUCCUACCUGAUACCACCUUUUUGGAUUUGUAUAUAAGAAUGGCAGCUUCAGUGUCCACCGUCGGAGCUGUUAACAGAGCACCGUUGAACUUGAGUGGCUCCGCUGGAGCUCCGGUGACAAGCUCAGCGUUCUUUGGAACUAGCUUGAGGAAGAUCAGCUCUAGGGUUACCAGCCAGAAGAAUUUGUGUGGGAAUUUUAAGGUUUCUGGGGCAAUAGAGUAUGAUGAAGAGAAGCAGACAGACAAGGACAGAUGGGGAGGGCUUGCCCAUGACACUUCAGAUGACCAGCAAGAUAUCACUAGAGGAAAGGGAAUGGUGGACACUCUCUUCCAAGCUCCCAUGGGUACUGGUACUCACUAUGCUGUCAUGAGUUCCUACGAUUACAUCAGUGCUGGUCUUCGCCAGUACAAUCUGGAUAACACUAUGGAUGGCUUCUAUAUUGCUCCUGCAUUUAUGGACAAGGUGGUUGUUCACAUCACCAAGAACUUCCUGACUUUGCCAAACAUCAAGGUUCCUCUUAUUUUGGGUAUCUGGGGAGGAAAAGGUCAGGGAAAGUCAUUCCAGUGUGAGCUUGUCUUUGCCAAGAUGGGAAUCAACCCCAUAAUGAUGAGUGCUGGAGAAUUGGAAAGUGGAAAUGCUGGAGAGCCGGCGAAAUUGAUCAGGCAAAGGUACCGAGAGGCAGCUGACAUCAUCAGGAAAGGGAAAAUGUGCUGCCUCUUCAUCAAUGAUCUUGAUGCGGGGGCUGGUAGGCUUGGUGGAACCACACAGUACACGGUGAACAACCAGAUGGUUAAUGCAACCCUCAUGAACAUAGCUGACAACCCAACCAGUGUCCAGCUUCCUGGCAUGUACAACAAAGAAGAGAAUCCUCGUGUGCCAAUCAUUGUUACCGGUAACGAUUUCUCAACUCUGUAUGCACCUCUCAUUCGUGAUGGUCGUAUGGAGAAGUUCUACUGGGCGCCCACUAGGGAAGACCGUAUUGGUGUCUGCCAAGGCAUCUUCAGAACAGACAAUGUUCCCAAGGAAGAUAUUGUCAAGCUUGUCGACACCUUCCCUGGCCAAUCAAUUGACUUCUUUGGUGCGUUGAGGGCUAGAGUGUAUGAUGAUGAAGUGAGGAACUGGAUUGCUGGUGUCGGGGUAGAGAAUGUUGGGAAAAGGCUUGUGAACUCAAAAGAAGGUCCUCCAACAUUUGAGCAGCCAAAGAUGAGUCUGGAUAAGCUGCUUGAGUAUGGAAACAUGCUCGUGCAAGAGCAGGAGAAUGUGAAGAGGGUUCAAUUGUCUGACAAGUACCUCAAAGAGGCAGCCCUAGGAGACGCGAACGAAGAUGCCAUCAAGUCCGGAAACUUCUACGGACAAGGAGCUCAACAGGUUCAUGUUCCUGUCCCUGAAGGUUGCACAGAUCCUUCUGCUGAAAACUAUGAUCCAACAGCUAGGAGUGACAAUGGAAGCUGCACUUACAAAUUUUAAGUGAUUCCUUUUGUAUUUCUGGGAAGGCUUGUACAUUUAAGGUGGCAUGUAUCUGAACUGGCACGACGUGUCUGUUUGCCGCUGCUGUAACUGGAACUAAUGUCUAUUGGACAAGUGAACAUAUAUUAUCUAAUUGGUUGCAUGGCGACA